AUGCGCUGUUCGUGUCGCACCUUUGCCGCGAACGCUGCCCACCGACCGCGACCCGUCCACGCGCAAACUCACUUUGCGAACGCCCCAAAACGACAAUGUCUCGCCACAGUCCAGUCACCGCAUACGGACGGUAGUAAUGCGACGAGGGGCAGCCUGAAUGUCCCCUCGGAAGCCCGCUUCAGUCCCAUCGGCGUCCAGCACCUUUCCUCGCACAUCCAUUCACAGAUAUUCCCCGGCGCAAGCACCCAACCACCACCCGAGCUCGUCGCACUGUCCAAGCACCACCUCAGUCGCCAUGACUUACUCGGCAAGAACCAAGAUCAGACCCCACCUGUGGGGUUUGACCUGCCCGAAUUGCAAGGCACGACCCUAGACGAACACUUCUACAAACUUGGAAUGGAUGCGGCGGAACCCUAUUUGAGCAUGGCGAAGAAACUGGCAUGGGCGAAUCCCCCACCGAAACCAAGGAAAUGGGUGCGAAGAAGUGGCUGGACCAAGUACAACAGCGACGGCACCACCGAGGCAGUCGACGCGCCCGACGAGACGAUGCUCAUCUUCGAUACCGAGGUCAUGUGGAAAGAGACUUCGUUUGCAUGCAUGGCAUGUGCAGUGAGUCCUACCGCUUGGUAUGCUUGGUUGUCGCCGUGGCUGUUGGACGAGUCCAAAUCAGAUCGCCACUUGAUUCCGCUGGGAGACACAUCGAUACCCCGCGUCGUGGUCGGACACAACAUAGGAUACGAUAGAGCUCGCAUAGCUGAAGAGUACAAUAUUGCCCAAUCAAAGAAUGCCUUUGUCGAUACCAUGUCAUUACAUGUAGCCUCUAAUGGCAUGUGCUCACGCCAACGGCCGUCGUGGAUGAAGAACAGGAAAAGCCGCGAGACGCGAGACAAGAUAGCGUCAUCCGAAGAGAACGCUACGCUGGAGCCAACACUACUGCACGGCCCAUCGAUGGAUGACGAGGAAGAACUGUGGAUGGGAAGAAGCGCAAUCAACUCGUUGCGCGACGUAGCCAAGUUCCAUUGCAACAUCACCAUCGACAAGGCUAGGAGGGAAUACUUUGGCGAACUCGAUCGUGCAGGUGUACGGGAACGGUUGGACGAACUACUCGACUAUUGCGCUGCAGAUGUAGAAAUCACGCAUCGUGUCUAUCAGAAGGUCUUCCCACUCUUCAUGGAAACAUGUCCCCAUCCCGUCAGCUUCGCCGCAUUGCGCUUUUUGGCUGCAGAGAUUCUGCCCGUCAACGAAACGUGGGACGCAUACCUCAACAACGCCGAAGCCACGUAUCAUCACCUUGAGGAUGCUGUGAAAGAACGCCUAGUGGCGCUUGCGGACAAGGCGCUGCAAGUCAAGGAGAAGCCGCAUGUGUAUGAAAACGACCCUUGGCUAAGUCAACUAGACUGGUCAGGCCAGGAAGUCAAGAUGGUCAAGGGGAAGAAGAAGAACGACCCACCUAGACCAGCAGCCCGUCAGAAGAAGCCUGGUAUGCCGAAAUGGUACAAGGAUCUCUUUGCUAAGAACGACGCCCCAAUGGCUCUUACAGUACGAACGCGCAUCACGCCGAUCCUGUUAAAGUUGGCAUGGGACGGACACCCACUGGUGUGGUCAGACGUCCACGGAUGGACGUACAAAGUGCCCAUGGACGAGGCAUUUGCCUAUAUCGAUAAAGGUUUGAAAGCUGCAGACAUGUCCGAAGAAACAAACCUGAAGCUCCGAGACGACACCGAGUAUGUCUACUACAAGAUCCCACACAAGGAUGGACCACUCGCAAGAUGCGCCAACCCACUCGCCAAGGGUUACCUUCAGUACUUUGAGAAAGGCAAGCUAGGCUCUGAAUACGCAUAUGCCAAGGAAGCACUGAAGAUGAACGCAUCCUGCUCAUAUUGGAUCAGUGCGCGAGACAGAAUCAUGUCGCAAAUGGUCGUAUACAAUAAUGAAGUGCCUCAAGCGCCAGACCUCGUCUCCGCAUCGGGCAGUGGUCGCGACACCAAGGUCGGUUUUAUCCUCCCGCAAAUCAUCCCAAUGGGCACCAUAACCCGACGCUCCGUCGAAAACACCUGGCUCACCGCCUCCAACGCGAAGAAAAACCGCGUCGGCUCCGAACUAAAGUCCAUGGUGCGAGCGCCGCAGGGCUACUGCUUCGUCGGCGCCGACGUCGACAGCCAGGAACUCUGGAUCGCGAGUCUAAUCGGCGACGCAACUUUCAAGCUCCACGGUGGCAACGCCGUCGGCUUCAUGACACUCGAAGGAACAAAAGCAGCAGGCACUGAUCUGCAUUCCCGCACAGCUGCUAUCCUGGGUAUAUCGCGGAAUGAUGCCAAGGUGUUCAACUAUGGGCGGAUCUACGGGGCAGGAUUGAAGUUUGCGAGUACCCUGUUACGGCAGUUCAACCCGAGCUUGUCCGAUGAGCAGACCAGUAAAACGGCGGAUGAUCUGUACAAGAACACAAAAGGGAAAAAGACGAAUCGAAAACAGUUACACGAACGGCCGUUUUGGCGAGGAGGAACCGAGUCUUUUGUCUUCAAUAAACUCGAGGAUUUCGCUGAGCAGGAGCGGCCUAGGACGCCUGUGCUGGGCGCUGCCAUCACCGAGGCAUUGCAACGCCGGUAUCUGACCAAAGGCGGGUUCAUGACGAGCCGGAUUAAUUGGGCUAUUCAGAGUAGCGGGGUGGAUUACCUCCACCUUCUCAUCGUGUCCAUGGACUACCUGACCCGACGGUAUGGACUAGAUGCCAGGCUAGCUAUAACUGUGCACGACGAGAUCAGAUACCUUGUGAAAGAAGAGGAUAGAUAUCGCGCAGCAAUGGCGCUACAAGUCGCCAACAUAUGGACGCGAGCCAUGUUCUCCCAACAAAUGGGCAUCAACGAACUCCCGCAGUCGUGCGCGUACUUUAGUGCCGUAGACAUUGAUAAGGUACUGCGGAAAGAGGUGGACAUGGAUUGUAUUACGCCGAGCAACAAGACGGCGAUUCCGUAUGGAGAGAGCCUUGACAUCACGGCUUUGCUCGAUAAAGGCGAGAGCGCGAGGUUGGAUAAUGGCAUUAGGCCCAAGGAAAGCGAGAUGCCGACGCCGCAGAAAUACACACAUGCGUAUACGCCUCGCACGCCUAUUAUGAGCACGCUCAACGGCGCAGGGGGGGCCAAGGGCAAGGAUGAGGAUCAAGUAGGCAUGGCUUAUCUCAAAGCGCAGAUAUCAUCGUCGGACCAAGAGCUUAGGGAUAUAUUGAAGCCGUUACGCGCCACUCCUACCUCGCGCUCUGCAGCCAACAAGAAGAGCACGACAAAGGCAGAGAAGGAGGUGGAGGAGAUUGAACAAGAAAGUCGGUCCAUUCAAAGAGAAGUCAUGCAUUACGAACAAAUGGCGCAGUGUCUCCCCGUCGACGAUGCCUGGCGCGAGGUGUACAGGAGAGCGGGGAAUGGCACUAAGAAGGAAUGGUGGCAAAGUGGCGUUGGCAGUCAUACACAUCCGAGGAGUUCGGUGGUGAGGAGUGUUAGGGUGUAA